UUGCCGGUGAUUCAAGGUUUUUCACCUUUGACCUUUCCUCCACGAGGUUCCCAGCUGCAAGUUGGAACUUGGCAUCCUUUGCCCGAAUAAACACCAAACUUUGACAAAAGCAAGUAACAGAAAUGGCGAAGACAGUGCAGAAGAAGAAGAAGAAAGUUCAGGAUCGAAUUAAGAAGUCUAAUUCGAGCACAAAUCCAGACCGAGUAUCUGGAGCUGCAUCAGGCGGUAAAAACAUGCGGGACAAAACUACCAUCAAGCGACUACUCAUGUACAGAGGGGGGAAGCCAAAGAGGAACAGAGAGGGCAAGAUUGUUCGACCAGCUGUGUUCCAGGGCAGCCUGCCAUCUGGAUCUAUGGCCAGGGUAGAACCAAACAGAAGAUGGUUUGGAAAUACAAGAGUAGUUACCCAGAAUGCUCUGCAGACAUUCCAGGAAGAGAUGGGUAAAGUAGUGAAGGACCCGUACCAGGUGGUGAUGAGGCAGAGUAAGCUGCCUCUGUCACUGCUACAUGACAGGGCUAAGACUGCACGUGUUCACCUUCUUGACACUGAGAGUUUUGAAACCACCUUUGGUAAGAAGGCCCAGAGGAAGAAACCAAGUUUAAAGGUGGCAGAUUACCAGGGUCUUAUGAAUGUUGUUCAGGAGUCCACAGACAAAUAUGACCAGGAGAAAGACAAGGACUUGGAGUUGGAAGAUGAAGGAAUCAGAGAUGAGGCAAGAGAACCCAUCUUCAGCAAGGGUACAUCCAGAAGAAUAUGGGGAGAGCUGUAUAAGGUAAUAGACUCCUCUGAUGUGGUAAUACAAGUCCUGGAUGCCCGUAAUCCAAUGGGGACUCGCUCCAAACACAUUGAGGACUUCAUGACUAAGGAAAAGAGCUACAAGCAUCUCAUCUUUGUGCUUAACAAGUGCGAUCUCGUCCCCACCUGGGUUACACAAAGAUGGGUAUCAGUGCUCUCAGCAGAGUUCCCAACCCUGGCCAUGCAUGCCAGCGUUACCAACCCUUUUGGCAAGGGGGCGCUUAUUCAGCUGCUCAGGCAGUUUGGAAAGCUACACCAAGACAAGAAACAGAUCAGUGUUGGUCUGAUUGGUUACCCCAAUGUGGGGAAAAGUUCCAUCAUUAACACACUGCGAGGGAAGAAGGUGUGCAGUGUGGCUCCCAUAGCAGGGGAGACAAAGGUGUGGCAGUACAUCACCCUGAUGAAGCGUAUCUACCUGAUAGACUGCCCCGGGGUCGUGUACCCAUCUGAGACCGAGUCAGAGACAGAGCUGGUGCUCAAGGGAGUGGUGAGGAUAGAAAACGUGAAACUACCAGAAUACCACAUCCCAGCUGUGUUAGAGAGAGUCAAGGAGGAGUACUUAGCCAAGACCUACAAACUGCCUGUCUGGGAUGGACCUGAAGACUUCCUGGAGAGCAUGGCGAGAAGGACUGGCAAACUCUUAAAGGGUGGUGAGCCUGAUGUAAGUACUGUGGCGAAGAUGGUGCUAAAUGACUUCCAGCGUGGCCGGCUGCCAUACUUCGUGAAACCACCAGGGGCUGAUUUGGACAUACAGAAACCAAAGUCAGCUGUAAGCUCCAGUCAACCACUCAUCAAGUUUGUACCAGCUGCUGGGGAGACUGAGGAGAGCACCGGUGCCACAACAUCUGAACCAGAAACAUCCACAGAAACAGAGCAGGAAGAUGUCCCCAACACUUCUCCACAGGGAGUAGAAGGGAGCCUCACCAACAAAGAGAAACGGUUGCAGACGAAGCUAGCCAAGCAAGAGAAGUUGGAAAGGAAGCAACCCAGGGUGGCCCAGGACUUGAGCAAGAUUGUAGUGGGGCUGGACUUCUCGGGUGAUGACGUGCAACCACUGGAGCCACAAUCUCCGGGUGUGGUCAGCACGAUGUCAGGCUACAGUGCAGAUCAGAGUUACGUGUCAGAGGACGAUCUUGGGAGAGAUGUGGAAGAGGAAGAAGAAGAGCAAGACGAUGUGCAGUCAGAGGAGGAGGAGAACCAAUCAGCGGCUAGCGAUGAAAGUGAAGAUGAUACAGGAGAUAGUAAUGAAGAUGAAAGCAGGGCAGAGACACAGAUGGGUGAUGGUAAGAAAGUGGCAGAAAAAGAGUUGGGAGAAAAGGAGUUAGCAGAGCAAGAUGAGCUUGAGACAAGAGAUAAAGACAGAAAAAACAAACACGGCAAGGAAAAAAGAGAUCCCAGCAACAAGGGGCAGAAAGGAGAUCAUGUUAAAGACAGGCGGAGCCUGGACACUCAGUAUGUUUUGAAAAGUCCAGUAAGUAAAAAAGUUAGAAAGGCAAAGAAGAGAAAGCUCACACAGAUGUCAACAUCAGGAAAGUGGGUAACCUCUGCCAUAUCUGAAACCAGUGCCUCUAUGCCUGUAGCAUCUACAAGUGGCUGGAAAGUACAGUCUACACAUGGUCCUGCUGAACAAGACAGCAUGGAAAGUGGACAAGUUGAGUCUCCAAGUGGAAAAAUGCCUCCAUCUGAAACAGACCUUCUGCAAGCACCAGAUAACUAUGCUGUGAAAGUGAGCCCACAUGUCUUCUGUGUGGAGGCAGCCCCUUCUCCCAGCAAGAAGUCCAAAAUGGCAGAGGAUGUUACUCCGGGGGAUUCAGAAAUGGAGCAAAGUGGGAAGAAGAAAAGGUUGACAGCAAAGCAGAGACGCAGUCUAGAGCGAGCUCAAAAGACAAAGAAGGUUGGAACCCACUACUACCAAGAGGUCAAUGUCAAGAACAAAAAUAGAAACAAAAAGAUGGACAGAAACACACCAAGCAAAGUUAAGAAGGGUAGAAAGUGACAUUUAGACAUGUGCACAAACUAAGACUGAACCUGUGUAAACAGGAGUUUUUGUGAAAAAGUCUAUCCUUUCAGACCUUAUAAUUUUACUUUGGUCUGUAAUAGAUCAAUUAAAUCUAGAGAUAUACAAUACACCAUGAUAUAUUUUAUUUGGUAAAAUGAUACAUAACUGAAGGUUAGUGAAACUUGAAAGAAUGAGAGAAAAAGUUUCUUCCCUGUAUUUGAUUCAAAUCUAUAUGAAGAUACGUCAAUUUGCAUACUUGUAUACAGGCGACUAUACAAAGUGACUGCAAGACGUUUUACUGUAUAACAAGGUAUGAUUAUAGACCAGAAUAUAUAACGAAUCCAUGCACAUGUACAGACUAAUAUUCAAAUUUGCAUACUUGAAUUUGAUGAUUACUGGUAGACUGAAUAUGCACAAUGAAAUAUCUAACUACAUUGUACUUGGAAAAUAAAUCAUUGCCUGAGGUAUAUCAAUUACUGCAUUUAUAUUUUGAAGACCUUGUAUCUGAAAAGUGCACAUUUGCAGGGUAAUUAAUUUGUCAUAUUGCUGUCAAAAUAAACUGAAGAAGUCCUCAAUAAUAUUACUUCUAUAUUAUUGUAUUUCAUUUUUAUUUUGUUGUAUUAGUAUGGCUAUAUGACAAAGCUUUAUUUUUUUCAAAAUUGAUGCAUCCAUUUGGUGUUUUUGGCUGAUCUUGAAAUUCCUUAGCUGUUUCCAAUUUGUGCUCUUGUCUUUCUAUUAUUUAAAUCUGCAUUGUUUUGACUACAAUUCAAAUAAAUGUCCUUCGUGAUGUAUCGGAAGAAGUGAAUCAG